GAGAAGGUAGGGUAAUAAUGGUGGUGGAAAGUUAUAUCUGCUAUUUAACAUCCUAAUUGAGAGGAUCUCAAGACAUAUUUUCACUUUCUCUCCUCAUUCUAUAUAUAACCAACCCAUCUGCUUCUUCUCAAACAUCAACCACAUUUUUUUUUCCGUUUAAUAAAAAAUGAAGCUUAAAACUCGAAUACUCUUCUGCACAUCGGCCAUUGAUACCCACGAUACUAACCCAUCUUUAAAAACCUCAAAAUCUUCUCCUUCUUUAUCUUCUUCUUCAGCUUCUUCUUCCAUCACAAAAUCCACCAGCACUGAAAGCAUAACAAGUCAUCUAUCUCUCCAAACCUUCCCAUCCAUUACUUCUCUUCAAACUUUGUCCUUUUCAGACAUCUCAACCACCGUCACCCUAACCCACUCUAUCUCCUUUUCUCAUUCUCUACCUUCUCCCGUCUCCUUUCUUUCUCUCUCCUCAUCUCUACUAUACGUUUCGUCUGCCCACCAUAUCAACGUCUAUGAUUCAUUAACUUUCUCUUUCCUUGAAACUUUCAACUCUAAUGGAGAAUCUGACGGUGCUGUUAAAUCUAUUGCGUUUUAUGAUGGGAAAGUUUUGUCUGCUCAUCAAGAUGGGAAAAUAAAGGUGUGGAAGUUAACGGAAGAUUCUAAUAAUAAACGGCGACAUAAGUUGAUUUAUACUUUGCCGACUUUAGCUGAUCGUUUAUCUCGGUUUCCGGUACCAAAAAAUCACGUGCAUGUCAGGCGACAUAAAACUCGACUUUGGGUUGAACAUAGCGACGCUGUUUCAAGCUUAGCUGUUACAAACGGAAAAGUUUACUCCAUCUCUUGGGAUAAAACUUUGAAGGUUUGGGAUCCGAUGAAGAAUUUUAAAUGUAAGGAGUCUAUAACGGCACAUGAAGAUGCAAUUAACAUUGUUAUAGUUUCUAAUGACGGAAUGGUUUAUACUGGAUCCGCAGAUGGUCGGAUUCGGGUAUGGGGCAAACAACCUGGAUCAGACGGUGGAGGUCUUACUUUAAUUUCUACAUUGGAAAAACAUAAAUCAGCUGUAAAUGCAUUAGCGUUGAAUUGUGAAGGUUCGAUCUUAUUCUCGGGGGCUUGUGAUCGUUCCAUCUUGGUUUGGGAGAGAGAAGAUAGUGGGAUAUAUAUGAGUGUUAUUGGGGCCGUUAGAGGUCACGGUGGACCAAUAUUGUGUUUGAUUAACGUAUCUGAUUAUUUGAUCAGUGGUUCAGCAGAUCGGACGGUGAGGAUUUGGCGGAGUGGGUUUGAUGGAGAAUUCUUCUGUUUAAGUGUUUUGAAUGGACAUAAAAAAGCAGUUAAAUGUUUAGCUGGAAAAAUGGAAAGUGAUGAUAGAAUUUUGUUGUUUAGUGGUGGACUUGACGGAGAAAUUAAGAUUUGGAGUGUUAAUAUUAAUCAUGAUUUAUGAUUUAUGAGAUGGUAAUGGACUGCGUUUGGUUUGCUUUGCUUUGGAUUCAAUCAGAUUUGGACUCACAUUUAUUAUUUUUUGUGGACUUAUGAUUAAAUCAUUGGGAAAUGAAAAGCUUGGACCCUAAUUCAUAUGAGGCUAAACUGAGUUUAAUUAAAUAUAUAAAUAGCUUUUGACUGAAAUUAAAAUUUGUUUUGGGAUAUAUAAUAGAUCGAGUUUUGAACAAAUUUUCAGAGUUUAGAUUUUAAAUGGUUUUAGAAAGAAGGCUUGGGUUGAGACCGAGUUUAAAAUUCCUA